UUUUAGGAAUCUGGCCGAUUUAGGCACAAAAAAUGCUUGUGAGAAUUGAUCAGUGUCACUUUCUAUGAGCAAUCUCUGGAUUAGUGACGAGCAAAGUGAAACAACGUGCUUAAUAUCACCGAAUCAAUCCAGAACACCACUGUCAACAUUUAAUCGGUAUCGAAAGAUAAAAAGGGCUCAAAUCGAAUUAGAAACAAGCAUAAUGUUGGGCGAUGAUGAUACAGUCAUUCCUACUUCCAAUAUUACCAUUUCUAAUACUGCACCAGCAAUGGUACAUGCCGAACAGAGUAGCCGUAGUUCGUUAAAAUAUCGCGGCACAAAUGGAAGUAAUUGUAUUGCAUUAACUGACAGUGACGAAAUAACUAUCGAUGAAGCUUCAGCGCCGAUAGAGAGCCGGUACGAUGACUUUCAUACAAUAGACUGGCAAAGAGAUCUAGCUCGGGACAGAUUGCGUCACAAAUUCAUUGUAAAACGAUCAAAAACUCCUUUUGGUAAACUAAGUAGUUUAUGGGAUGCGGGAAGUGGUUGGGCAUGUGUACUGAUGGUUGGUCUUGCUGCUGGCACCAUUGCUGGUAUUAUUGAUAUUGGGGCGCGUUGGAUGAGUGAUUUAAAGGAUGGUGUAUGUGCCGAUCGAUUUUGGCUUGAUCGUGAACAUUGUUGUUGGUCAGCAAACGAUAGUGUUUAUAAAGAUGCAGAUUGUGCAGCAUGGACAUCCUGGCCUGAAAUGAUGCAGUUUUAUGAGCGAAAUUUCUUUUAUUAUGUGUUGGAAUUAUUCUUUUAUUGUGGUUGGAGUGUACUGAUGACAGGAGUAACUGUAGCUUUGGUCAAGGUUUUUGCUCCUUAUGCUUGCGGUUCGGGUAUACCCGAGAUUAAAUGCAUUUUAUCCGGUUUCAUCAUUAGAGGUUAUUUGGGUAAAUGGACUUUUAUUAUUAAAUCUGUUGGCUUAAUCUUGGCAUCUGCAUCUGGUCUGAACUUGGGAAAAGAAGGUCCAAUGGUACAUUUAGCUUGUUGCAUAGGAAAUAUAUUCUCUUAUCUUUUUCCAAAAUAUGGCUCAAAUGAAGCCAAAAAACGUGAAAUACUAAGCGCUUCUGCUGCAGCCGGUGUUUCAGUUGCAUUUGGUGCUCCUAUAGGAGGAGUUUUAUUUAGUCUGGAAGAAGCAAGUUAUUAUUUCCCCUUGAAAACUAUGUGGCGUUCAUUCUUUUGCGCACUUAUUGCUGGAAUAAUCUUACGAAUAAUGAAUCCAUUUGGAAGUGAUCAGACUUCUUUGUUUCACGUGGACUACAGCAUGAAAUGGACAUUUGUAGAACUUAUUCCAUUUGCUGGUCUUGGGUUGUUUGGUGGUAUCAUUGGAAGUUUAUUCAUAUGGGCGAACAUAAAAUGGUGUCGGUUCCGAAAAGCGAAUAAGACGUUGGGUAGUAAUCCUGUAAAAGAGGUUCUUGUUGUGACACUCAUCACAGCAUUUGUCAGUUACUUUAAUCCAUAUACCCGUCGAAGUUCAUCGUCAUUGAUAAGACAACUUUUCGAUCGCUGUGGUCCCGAAGAUUUUAUGAUGGAUCUUUGUGAUUAUCAAAAUAAAACAUUCUCUUUCGAUAAAGUGGAUGAUAAUUAUCACACUGGAGAAUUAGGAGCAGGAGUGCAUAGUGCAUUUAUUGAUCUUAUUAUGGCGCUGAUAAUAAAAUUGAUAUUAACAAUAUUCACUUUUGGCAUCAAGGUCCCCGCCGGUCUGUUUGUACCAAGUCUUGCUAUGGGUGCUAUUGCUGGGCGUUUAUUGGGUAUCACUGUAGAGGGCAUAGCUGCAUCUCUACAAGUACGUUGGAAGUUUGUUGCUUUCCAAUGA